AAAAAAGUCCCAAAGUCAUGCGAACAAUUGGACUUUUGGACCACUUCAAAUGUAAAUCCAAACAUAUUAAAGGGCUAUUUCGGGAAUUUCACACCACCAGCGAAGCUCUAAUGCGCGUCGAAAAGACUUGAAAGUGUGAAUACUAAAAAAGAAAGUAAAAAAAUUCAGCCGUUGCAACUUGCCAAGUAUACAGACAGCUUAGAGAGAGAAAGAAGAGAGAGAGAGAGAGAGAGAGAGAGAGAGAGAGAGAGUCAAUGCUCGAAACUUUCAAUUUCAAUGGCACCCUCUUCCUAAAGAUUCUCUCGAUUUUGAGCUCUGUUGUAAUCUGUAAGUAUUUUCAGCUCUUUAUCACUCCUCUCUCGUAGUGAAAUUACUUGUAAUUUCUGGUUUUUGUGAGUUAAUUGGGGGUUGACGAUGGUGAGAGAGAAUUCCGGCGAGUUCUCCGGUGGGAAAAGCAGCGGCAGCCCAGAUGAGAAAAUGGAGUUUCAACAAACGGGUAUCGAUUUUCUUGGGAAAAAAAUUCAAAAAAUCGGUGGGUUUGACGAAAACGCUGCGUUUCACCCCAGACGCGCCGCAAAUUUCUGCUCCCAGGAGCUUACUCUUAGCUAUCUCUGCGAAAAUUCCAAAUUAGGGUUUUCAGAAAAGGAUAUUUCAGGUCAAAACCUGAUGAAUUCAAUGGAUAAGUUUAGUGCUAGGUAUAAUAAUACUAACAAGGGGAAAGAAAUAGCUGUUUCCGAAGAUCAAAACGAAGGGGAUGAAAACAACAACAGCAAUAACAUGUGGGUGGAGAGAGAUUUUCUCCAGAUGAAUGAAAAUCGAGGCAAUUCAUCGAAAAGGGAGGCCGAAAACCUCGAAAUCGAUGGUCAAAAUAGGGAGGAGAAGAAGCCAAAGGUGGAGUCUUUGAACCUCUCUUUAGCCCUUCCGGAUGUGUCCCUCUCGUUGGCCGGAUCCAACCGCGUCCCGAUCCGUGCGGGCCCCGCUCGGAGCGUGCACUCGCUAGGGCCGGCGUCGUGCAACAACACGCAGACCACGUACUCGAACGACUUCACCGUUUCGCACUCGUACUCGCAUGCUGUGUCCCACAAUCUAAGCUGCUCGCUCACUCGUAAUAAUUCGACCGAGAAUUACGACGGUGACCAGAUAUGGAACUGUGGUGAGGGGACUAAUGGCUCCGUCCACAGCCGAUUUCGACCUAUUGGAGAUGGGACCGUUGCGUUGUCCAAUCACGGUGGCGGGUUUAACCGAAGUGGUUUCAAUAAGGAUUCUUGCAAUAAUAAUAAUAAUAGUCUUUAUAGAGCUGCAAGCUCCGAAAAUAUCUCAUUUUUUCCUUCCGAGUUGCCGGCUAGACCGAGAGUAGAUGCUCAAUCGGGCGAUUCGAGGAGGAAUUUGGAAGAUGUAGAUGUGGCGAAAGGGCGCAAGAUUUCUAGACCCGAAAGGAUAUUAAGAGAAAUCGUGUCGGAAUCGAUUUCCGUAAUGGCUCAGAUAUUCCACGAGCUUACAGAUGAAACGAUCGAAUCUGUUAAGGAGCACUUGAGGAACAUUAUCAAUAGCCCGGAAAAGAAAGACGAAUUAGCCCCUCUCCAGAGGAGGCUCGAGAGGAGAUCCGAUCUCACAAACGAGACUCUCUCUAAGUGCCAGAAGAGCCAGCUCGAAAUCUUGGUUGCCAUCAAAUUAGGGCUAGGGAGUUUCUUGCACAAUAAGAACCGACUCCCAUCGCAAGAAUUGGUGGAUAUCUACUUGCUCGAGAGGUGCAGGAACGUGAAUUGCAGGAGAAUGCUGCCCGUUGAUGACUGUGACUGCAAGAUUUGCUCGACGAAGAAGGGGUUUUGCAGCGAGUGCAUGUGCCCGGUUUGUCUGAACUUCGACUGUGCGAGCAAUACUUGCAGUUGGGUUGGGUGCGACGCGUGUUCGCACUGGUGCCAUGCGGAUUGUGGGAUCCGCAAGAAUCUUGUGAGGCCCGGCCCGCGUUUGAAGGGGGGUUCUUCUUCUUCUUCUUCGGGGGCGACAGAGAUGCAGUUUCAUUGCAUCGGGUGCGGACAUGCUUCGGAGAUGUUUGGGUUCGUUAAGGAUGUUUUCUUGUCUUGUGCUAAGGAUUGGUCGGUGGAGACUUUGGUCAAAGAGUUGGAAUGUGUCGGGAAAAUCUUUGGAGGGAGUGAAGAUCGGAAAGGGAAGGAGUUGCAUUUGAAGGCCGGUGAAAUGGUGGCCAAACUCAAGAACAAUACGAUGGCUCCUUCGGAUGUUUGCAAUUCGAUCUUUCAAUUCUUCAACUCUACUACAAAUGGUUUCAUGGAGAUGGGAUCUUCGAGCACGCCUUCGAAAGAUUCGCCACAUCAGCAAGGUUUCACUAAAGAAGCUUCCACUCUUCCACUCUCAAAUUCCCUCACUCCCAAACCAUCCAGCUUCUACAACAACACCAACUCCUCGAACGGGCGACAACAAGAGUCAACAGCGCCCUUUGACUUUUACCACAACGACAUCAAACUUCCGAUCACGAACGAGAAAAUAAUCGAGGACGAAUGGUCGGUCAAACCUAGAAAAAAAGAUGGUUUCGACAGCCUGGAAAGUCUCGUCCGGAUUAAGGAGGCGGAAUCUAGAAUGUUCCAGAGCCGAGCGGACGAGGCUCGUGCUGAGAUCGAGAGUUUCAGACGGAUGGUCAGGAUUAAAACCGAGAAAUUGGACGAGGAAUAUUCCGAGAAUCUUGCUAAGCUGUGUUUGCAAGAGACUGAGGAGAGAAGAAGGAAGAAGAUCGAUGAGCUUAAGGCGUUGGAGAAUUCGCACUGCGAUUACUACAAGAUGAAGUUGAGAAUGCAGUCCGAAAUUUCGGGUUUGCUUAAGAGAAUGGAAGCUACGAAGCAACAGUUAGUUUAGUUUAUUUACUGAUUUUUUUUUUUUUUUUUUUGUUAAUUUUUAUAUAAAUUGGUAUUAGCUAACGUUUUUAACGAUAUUUUGAAAUCUGGGAUGUCUGAAGUUAUGUUGUGACUUGGCUGUCUGUGUAUUUAUGUACUACCUUGUUCGAAUUCGGAAACGUGUAUCGUGUUUUUUUGAAUGCCUUUUGUUUUAACUUUCAUUUUGUAUGUUGUCUAAAGCAAUUAGUUCUGUGUCUGAAUUUUUUUUAAUUGAACUUCCCUUUUCAGUUGCUGA